AUGAGCUCCUUCGACCUCCCGGCGCCCUCGCCACCUCGAUGCAGUCCCCAGUUCCCCAGCAUCGGCCAGGAGCCCCCCGAGAUGAAUCUUUAUUAUGAGAACUUCUUCCACCCUCAGGGCAUGCCUAGUCCUCAGCGCCCCACCUCCUUCGAAGGUGGUGGCGAGUACGGGGCCACCCCCAACCCCUACCUCUGGCUCAAUGGGCCAGCCAUGACCCCACCGCCCUACCUGCCUGGCACUAAUGCCAGCCCCUUCCUACCCCAGGCCUAUGGCAUGCAGAGGCAGCUACUGCCCAGCGACCUGGGCUGGCUGCCCCUCCCCUCUCAGGAGGAGCUCAUGAAGCUGGUGCGCCCACCAUAUUCCUACUCAGCUCUCAUUGCUAUGGCGAUCCACGGUGCGCCCGACCAGCGCCUCACACUGAGCCAGAUCUACCAGUACGUGGCUGACAACUUUCCCUUUUACAACAAGAGCAAGGCUGGCUGGCAGAACUCCAUCCGCCACAACCUGUCACUCAACGACUGCUUCAAGAAGGUGCCCCGAGAUGAGGACGACCCAGGCAAAGGGAAUUACUGGACUCUGGACCCCAACUGUGAGAAGAUGUUUGACAAUGGAAACUUCCGCAGGAAGAGGAAGAGAAAAUCAGAUUCAUCCUCCAGCACUGGCUCAUUGGCUUCAGAGAAAACGGAGAAUGGUCUCCUGGCCAGCAGCCCCAAGCCCACAGAGCCUCAGGAGGUCUUAGACACUGCCUCACCAGACACCACCACCAGCUCCCCAGAGAAGCGGUCCUCCCCUGCCCCCUCGGGCACCCCGUGUCUCAACAACUUUCUCUCCACCAUGACAGCCUAUGUGAGUGCGACAAACCCUGUUAGCCGCUCAGUGGCCACACCAGGACUGAGCCCAGAGCCUAUUGACAAGAUGGGGCAGAACUCACUGAAUUUCAACUCCUACACCCCCCUUACCAACUUCAGUAGCCAUGGGAAUGGGGGUGAAUGGGCCAACCCGGUACCCACCAAUACUCUGGGCUAUGGAGGCUCUGUCUUCAACCAGUUCAGUCCACAUUUCUACAACAGCAUUAACACUAACAGCAUCCUCUUCCCCAGGGAAGGCACUGAAGUCUAG